AUGUCCAAAACGGUUCACAUCGAGUCGACCGUGCAAUUCUCGAAUCUACUCUCCUCCUCUGUAAUUGUUGUUGCAGACUUCUAUGCAGAUUGGUGCGGACCAUGCAAGCAGAUUGCCCCCAUAUACGAGCAGCUGUCUGCGCAACUAUCGAAACCAAACAAGAUCACGUUCGCCAAAAUCAAUACCGAUCAACAGCAAGACCUCGCAAGAUCUUACAAUGUUAGAGCCAUGCCUACCUUCAUGAUCUUCAAGAAUGCCCAGCAAAUCCAGUUUAUAGAAGGGGCGGAUCCUAAGAAGCUCUCUCAGGUGGUGAAAGAUCUGGCAAACGAGGCAAACAAGCUGGAGGGUGAAGAUGCUGGUGGGAGUUCAAGCGGCGGUACGUGGUUGGGUGCAGAGCUCCCCCGUGGCUACGGGGAUGUAACUGGCCAAGUCGAUUUCAUGAGCCUGGAACUAUUGAAUUGGGACUCGACUCAUGGAACAGCGAGAACAUUGAUCAGUGGUGACAAACCAAAAGGUCAAGCUAAUGCAAAAGACUGGGUGGAAAGUGACACUGAUGAACAACUCAUGCUCUACAUUCCAUUCCAAUCCACCAUAAAGAUUCAAUCUAUCCACCUCACCUCCCUCCCUGAAGAUACAGAAGAUGAUGAAAACCCCAGCAGGCCCAAAGUGGUCAGGAUCUACACCAAUAGACCACACAUUCUUGGGUUCGAUGAGGCGGAAGACACACAGCCAGCACAAGAGUUCACGUUGUCAGAAAAGGACUGGGAUUCCAAGACAGGCACUGCUAAGAUUGACCUUCGUAUCGUCAAAUUCACGAACGUCUCCAGCAUCGUCCUUUUCGUGGUGGAGAGUGAGGGUGACAAUGAAAAGGUCAGGAUUGACCGAAUCCGAAUCAUUGGCGAAUCAGGUGAAAAGAGAGAUGGCAAAAUCGAGAAAAUUGCCUCGGACGAUUGA